GCCUAGUUUUGAACUGACCUGCAAAUUUGUUGUUGUUCUGUGAAAGCAGUUCAACAGUUUUUCUGUUGUGGGUUUGGAAUAAGCUGUGCCACAGCGCCAGCAAAGAUGCCGGACCAUUUAGGAGAUGAUAUGAGAAAGGUGAAGGAUGAUGGCGAGAAAGAAGUCAUCAAAGCGUUGGAUGAGGGUGAUAUCGCCAUAUUGAAAACAUACGGUGUUGGUGCGUAUGACCAGCAGUUGAAAUCAACUGAGGAGGACAUCAACAAUACUUUGAAGAGAGUGAAUGAGCUGACAGGUGUGAAGGAGUCUGACACUGGACUGGCACAUCCUGGAAUGUGGGACUUGUUUUCCGAUAAAAUGUCAAUCACAUCAGAACAGCCCCUGCAGGUGGCUCGGUGCACUAAGAUUAUCAAUGCCGACACAGAUGAUGCAAAGUACAUUAUCAAUGUCAAGCAGUACGCAAAGUUUGUUGUGGAUUUAGCGGAUAAAGUGGCACCCACUGAUAUUGAAGAGGGCAUGAGAGUAGGUGUUGACCGCGACAAGUAUCAGAUUCACAUUCCCCUGCCUCCCAAGAUUGACCCAACGGUCACCAUGAUGCAGGUGGAGGAGAAACCUGAUGUUACCUAUGCCGAUAUCGGUGGCUGCAAGGAACAGAUCGACAAGAUGAAAGAGGUUGUGGAAACCCCUUUGCUACAUCCGGAACGGUUCAUCAAUCUUGGUAUCGAUCCACCGAAAGGCGUCUUGCUUUAUGGACCGCCUGGUACAGGAAAGACCCUGUGCGCUAGAGCUGUGGCCAACCGUACCGAUGCCUGCUUCAUCCGAGUCAUUGGCUCUGAGCUGGUGCAGAAAUACGUUGGCGAGGGUGCUCGGAUGGUGCGCGAAUUGUUUGAGAUGGCUCGCACUAAGAAGGCAUGCAUCAUUUUCUUUGAUGAAAUUGACGCAAUUGGCGGUGAACGUGUGGAUGAAGGUGAAGGCGGUGACAAUGAAGUGCAGCGUACUAUGCUGGAGUUGAUUAAUCAGCUCGACGGCUUUGAUGCUCGAGGAAACAUCAAAGUCCUGAUGGCAACCAACAGACCUGAUACCUUGGACCCUGCAUUAGUUCGACCUGGUCGUCUAGAUCGGCGGAUAGAAUUUGGCCUUCCGGACCUGGAGGGAAGAGCACACAUAUUCAAAAUCCACGCCCGUAGCAUGAGUGUGGAGCGUGGCAUUCGUUACGACCUUCUUGCUCGCCUCUGCCCGAAUUGCACCGGUGCUGAACUUCGCAGUGUGUGCACAGAGGCAGGCAUGUUUGCAAUCCGUGCCCGAAGAAAGGUGGCAACAGAAAAAGACUUCCUAGAUGCUGUACAGAAGGUGAUCAAGUCCUAUGCGAAGUUCAGUGCCACGCCUCGCUACAUGACUUACAACUAAGCAUGUAUGCCUUCACGUACAGUGUGCUGCUGCUUGUGUAGGUUGGUGAGUGUGUGUGUGUGUGUGUGUGUGCGCGUGUGUGUGCGCGUGUGUGUGUGUGUGUGUGUGUGUGUGUGUGUGUGUGUGCGUGUCCAUGCAUACUGGUUUAUGUACAUGUGUAUAUGUAACUUUUGAUAAGCUGAGCCAAUCAGUCUUGCUGCACGUUUCAACAUUCAUGUUUGCACUGGCUGUAGUACUUUGCGCAAUUCGUUUCACCAUGCAGUUUUGAUAGAGGCUUUCUGCCAUUCCGGAUUCGGCAUGGUGCACAUACUUCCUUCAUGCAGAAUUCCAACAAUCUUAGUCAUAUUUUUAAAUCUCCGUGUCAUUAAUAUUACAGCCAGUGCUUCAUUUCGCUUUUUUUCAUCAUCAUCUUCGCCACAUAUGUACAUACCCUUGUAUUCAGGUCUUUAUAUCUUUACGGAUAUUCGUUGCUGUUGAUUUUCCACGUGUUAUGCAGUACCCAUGUAGAAACAGCGAGCACCCAUACUGUAUCUUUUGAUGUUUUGUGGGCCCAUGGGUCUCAUACUUCUACUAGCACAAUAUCCCGCCGGAGUGCGCUAUGACUUCGA